ACAUCAUGUAUAUCAUUUCUUUAUACGUGUAGUUAAUACAUGAUGGGAUCCCGUGUGGCAGAACUAUUUUCUGAAAUCGACAAGUUCCGUGCUCAAUUGUUGCAAAAUGUCGAAGUCAUGACAGAAUGCCAGCAUGUUGAAACAGAAAUCUGCCACAAGGAAAUUUUGACCCGCAUUGAAAACGUAAUCCUUGGAGUAGUGACUAGUCUGUCCAAAGACGAGGCCCCUGUCCUGGCCCUUCCCAACAGAUCUAGCUGGGCCAACGUCAGUUUUGACAGUGCCAUCGGGCUUCAGAUGAGUUCAGGAAGUUCUGUCACCUCCAUUAGGAGCGACUGUGCUUCGUCUGUCACUAAAUUUGCACGAAUCCUCAAGAUUCUCUUGGUCAUCUACAGACUUGUGCAGAGCAGCUCAUAUGCCACAAAAAGAGACAUCUAUUACAAUAACACACAGCUGUUUGGUUCCCAAAAAACUGUUGAUGGUAUAGUGGAUGAUAUCUCCUCCAUGCUAAAAGUUCCUCGCAGAUCACUACAUGUGUUAGCCACAUCCAAGGGACUGAUCUCAGGUGACCUGUGUUAUCUGGAGGAAGAUGGCACGAGGAUUGACUGCCACUCCAGCUCUGCUGCUGUUGCAGUUUCAUCAAACAUUGGUGGCAUUAGAAAUAUUGUAUCAUCUGCAAAAUUUGUCCUGAUAGUUGAGAAGGAUGCAACGUUUCAGAGACUACUGGAUGACGACUUCUGUGCAAAGCUGUGUCCUUGCAUCAUAAUCACAGGUAAAGGCGUGCCAGAUGUGAACAGCAGGCUGAUGGUGAGAAAGCUUUGGGACACGCUGCACAUCCCUAUCUUCGCUUUGGUGGAUGCUGACCCUCAUGGGAUUGAGAUCAUGUGUAUCUACAAGUACGGAUCAGUGGCGAUGUCGUUUGAGGCCCACAGUCUGACCGUCCCCAGCGUUAUGUGGCUAGGCCUCCUCCCCUCUGACCUCCAGAGGUUGCGGGUUCCUGAUGCUGCCCUGAUCCCCCUCACCAAGAGAGAUAAAAGCAAACUUGACAGCCUCCUCAAAAGGCCAUACUUAGCCAGUCAACCCGAUUGGCAGAAAGAGAUGGAACUGAUGCAGCAGAGUAAGGUCAAGGCUGAAAUACAGUCCCUGGCAGCCAUUGCUCCUGAUUUCCUCACCAACAUCUACCUGCCCAAUAAGCUGCGCUACGGGGGCUGGGUUUGAGCGCAAUGCUGCCACUUAGUGGGAAAACAAAUGCAACAGCUGCUAAAGCUGGUUGCAAAACUAAAGAAAGAUCUUCCAUGUAGCUGUCCUACCAGACUUUGUCAGACAGUUGUAAUGUUGGCAUAUGUGCCUUUUUAUGUUUUCUAAUUGUAUUUCAGAAAUGACCUCAUCCUAUCAUUAAAUCCCUGUAAUUCCAAUGGCA